AUGGCAUCAAGCUCAAUGUCCUCCCGUGGGUCCUCUUCAUGGACUGCCAAGCAGAACAAAGACUUCGAAAGGGCUUUGGCCGUUUACGACAAGGACACUCCCGACCGUUGGUACAAUGUCGCCAAGGCCGUCGGAGGGAAAACUGCCGACGAAGUUAAGAGGCACUACGAGCUGCUUGUGGCCGAUGUCAAGUACAUCGAGUCUGGCCAAGUUCCCUUCCCCUAUAGGUCCUCUGCCAAUUAG